AUGUCCUACCCGCAGGGCUACCUGUACCAGGCGCCCGGCUCGCUGGCGCUCUACUCGUGCCCCGCGUACGGCGCGUCGGCGCUGGCGGCGCCGCGGAGCGAGGAGCUGGCGCGCUCGGCGUCGGGCUCGGCGUUCAGUCCCUACCCGGGCUCGGCGGCCUUCACGGCGGCGCAGGCGGCCACGGGCUUCGGGAGUCCGCUGCAGUACUCGGCCGACGCCGCGGCCGCUGCCGCCGCAGGAUUCCCGUCCUACAUGGGGUCGCCCUACGACACGCACACGACCGGCAUGACCGGGGCCAUCGGCUACCACCCGUACGGCAGCGCGGCCUAUCCCUACCAGCUGAACGACCCCGCUUACCGCAAGAACGCCACGCGGGACGCCACGGCCACGCUCAAGGCCUGGCUCAACGAGCACCGCAAGAACCCGUACCCCACCAAGGGCGAGAAGAUCAUGCUGGCCAUCAUCACCAAGAUGACCCUCACGCAGGUGUCCACCUGGUUCGCCAACGCGCGCCGGCGGCUCAAGAAGGAGAACAAGAUGACGUGGGCCCCUCGGAACAAAAGCGAGGACGAGGACGAGGACGAGGGUGACGCCGCGAGGAGCAAGGAGGACAGCUCCGAGAAGACGCAGGAGGGCACCGAGACCUCGGCGGAGGACGAAGGGAUCAGCCUGCACGUGGACUCGCUCACGGAUCACUCGUGCUCCGCGGAGUCGGACGUGGAAAAGCUGCCGUGCCGCGCCAGCGGGGAUCGCUUGUGCGAAUCGGGCUCGGAGUUCAAGCACAAAUAUGACGACCUGGACGACGACGAGGAGGACGAGGACGAGGACGAAGACGAGUGCCAGAGGGACCUGGCGGUGGUGCCCAAGCCCGUGACCUCGUCGCCACUCACCGGCGUGGAGGCGCCGCUCCUGAGCCCCCCGCCCGAGGCCGCGCCCCGCAGCGGCGGCGGCGGCGGCGGGGGUGGCGCUGGCAAGACGCCCCUGGGCAGCCGGACGUCGCCUGGAGCGCCGCCGCCCGCCAGCAAACCCAAGCUGUGGUCACUGGCGGAGAUCGCCACGUCGGACCUCAAGCAGCCCAGCCUGGGCCCGGGGCUGCCGGGCGCCGCCGCUGCCCCGGCGCCCGCCUCCUCGGGGGCACCUCCUCCGGGAGGCUCGCCCUACUCCGCCUCGCCCCUGCUCGGCCGCCACCUCUACUACACGUCGCCUUUCUACGGCAACUAUACGAGCUAUGGGAACUUGAACGCGGCGCUGCAGGGCCAGGGCCUCCUGCGCUACAACGCGGCCAGCGCGGCGGCGGAGACUCUGCACCAGGGCGCGCCCAAGGCGGCCAGCGACGCGGGCAAGGCGGGGUCCCACCCGCUGGAGCCCCUCUACCGGCCUCCAGGCGGCAGCUAUGAGCCCAAGAAAGAUGCCAGCGAGGGCUGUGGAGUAGCUGGAGAGGGUGCCCAGGCCUACCUAUAGGAGGGCCCAGCUCAGCAGUGCAAGUAAGUGACCAGCCAUCCCGGGGCUCACCUGAUUCACCAGCCAUGCUCCUAUUGCACCCCCACCCCAUGCUUACUGUACUUUGGGGGGGAGUAGAGCUUGGUGCAUUUCUCUGGCCUGUUUGCCUUUAAAGGAUCCCUCUACAUGGUUAAGACACCCUAUUUUCUGUACAAGUUCAGCUUUAAAGAAUCAGUCCUUGAAUUGUAUGCACGCGUGCGCACACACACACACACACACAUUUGUGCAUGUGUGUAUUUCUGUGUAUAUAUCAUUGCCAUUUCCUCUUUGAGAAGACAUGAUUAAAACCUGGGCAUUCAUGUCACUCAGAACAGUUUUUUUCAGCCCCCUCCCCCGACACAGACACAUCAUAAUAGAUGCUAUGUGCAUGAGUGAGUGUUACCAAAACUUGGGUAUCAAAAACCCUUUAUAGAUUGCAGAUCAAAACAAGGGACACCAGGAGCUUAAUUUUUUUCUUGGGCCUGCCACUCCGUGUGCAGUGGCCAAGUGGACCAGCAGGCCCUGGAAGUUCUCCUGCCUGAUAGCAAUAUUAAAACAAUAAAAACAAAACAAAAAACGAUCCCACUCAUUUUACAAUUAAGCAAGAUGAGGAGUCUCAGGUUUUGAAUAUGGAAAAGAGGCUAAAACCACUGGAAGGUGCUGGCUAGGAAAGGCAGGCUUUGAGAUGAUUUCGUUUUUUCCUUGGUCCACAGGUAGGUGUCACAAUUGCUUUGGAAAAAACAAAAGUCAGGAGGCCGGUCUGUCUUCCCCAGCUCAUAAAUAUACAGAUACACAGUCCAGAUCUGUAGGCCGGGACCACAUCCUGUGCCACUAUAAAGAGGAGCUGCACGGCGCUGUCAGCCCACAGACUGUAAGGACGGGACACACUGUUGUCAGGCAUAUGUGAAUUUGUUGGAAUAGUAUAGCUUCCCCAAUGUUUGUGUGACUUUUGGAAACAAUCUGUUUUUUUUCUCAGGAUAUCUUGAUCCCUUCAUUGCCACGGUAUAUAUGCUAUAGAUGUGAUAGGACUUACUGUAAAAAAAAAAUUAUUUGUAAAAGAUGUACACAGUAGGAAUAAAACGUGAUUGAAGAACUCGAGUCCUUCAGAAGUGGAAACAAAUUUGAUAUUUAUUUUUAUAAUGACAUAAAGCUUCUAGUAACUUAUGCAAGUUGUAUUGCAAAGAAAUCUAAAACUUUUGUAAAUAAAUUCUGCCUGGUUUUUAUUUGAACAUUGCUGGUUAUACAAUCGUUGUUGGUUGUUUAACACGAAUUCUCUACUAAUUUAUAUCUAAAACUGUAAAUAAAAGAAAAACGAACUAGUCUACAAUUAUAUGGUGUUGGGGCUCAUUCUUCCUGACGAGUGGUUUGGGUAGAGAGCCCUUAUGAUAACAGCCCGCCACCCCCGGAUGAGGGUGAUCUGAGCUUACCUUUUUAAUGAAGAGCUGUGUGAAAUUAGCUCUCCUUUUUCA